CAAAGAAUCGAACCGACACAUUUCAGUGUAUAGAAAAUUGCAGAGGAACCAUCGGAGAGUUGAGUAAACUUAUAAAGUUACUUAAAUUGUAGACAAAAGUGGAUCCAAGACCUCAAUUAUCAGCGAAAAUAUUUUUGUUCUUGGAAAGUGAAAAAGAAUCCACUUGCAGAUUGCUAUAAACCACGGCGACUCAAGUGAAAAAAUCCAGUAUGGAUCGCAAGGCCGAGUUAGAGAAGAAGAAGCUAAAAUUAGCGGCUCUGAGGGAAGAAAAAGAGCGACGACGACGUGAGAAAGAAGCUAAAGAUGUUGAAGAUGCAUCGGGUCGAGUUAGCAUCGGCGGUGACAAAGAAAAUCGAAGGGAUUUGGAUGAAAUGUUAUCGUCGUUGGGUGUUGCACCCGUAUCAGAAGUGCUAUCCUCGCUGUCAUCGGUGAAUACUGUAGGAUCCGACACAUCUAACAAUGCCACUCCAGAUGGAAGUCUACAGCCGUUGAGCUUAACAGGGCAAACCGGAGGACGUAAGAAAGCAGUUAGUUUGAGUAUGACCACUGUCCAGGCGACAAAUAUACCACCAAAAGAGACAGUCUUAUACACCAAACAGACACAAACUAGCAGCACCGGAGGCGUUGAACGUGAUGUUCUUUCUUGCCAUUCCUCACCUUUGUCAGGAUAUAUGGAAGAUUGGUGGCGUCCUCGCAAAGCGUUGGCUACCGAUUACUACGAUGAAUACAAUUUAAAUCCUGGUUUAGAAUGGGAGGAUGAGUUUACAGUUCUUACUUAUGGUGAUGCCCAAGGAGACGACGAAGAGAAUUCGCUACCUCACUUAGACCACGGAUUUCAUUCAAAGUUGCCUCCUGGUAUUCUACCGCACGGUUUACCAACGGUUAAAGAAGUUGCACCAGCUAUUACACCACAAGAGAAGAAGGAUAAAGAGGAGGAGAAAAAAGAAAUCAGGGAAUUGUCCGAAGAACAAAAGGAAAUGAUUAUUUUAUCGGAAGACUUCCAAAGAUUUGUUAUGAAAGCUGGCAGAAUUGUUGAACGUGCACUUACUGAAUCAGUGGACAUUUACACUGAUUAUAUUGGAGGUGGUGACGCCGAUGAUAAUACAGACGAACGAUCUCACGCAAAAUUAUCGCUGAAUCGAAGUUUCUAUUGUGAUCGAUGGUCAAAGAAUCGCUGUGUUACUUCGAUGGAUUGGUCGACUCAUUUCCCGGAAUUACUUUUGGCUUCAUACCACAACAAUGAGGAGAGUCCCAAUGAACCAGACGGCGUUGUUAUGGUAUGGAAUACAAAAUUCAAGAAAACAACUCCCGAAGAUGUGUUCCAUUGUCAAAGUGCUGUGAUGUCGGCUUGUUAUGCCAAAUUUCAUCCGAAUUUGAUCCUUGGUGGUACAUAUUCCGGACAAAUUGUUCUUUGGGAUAAUCGAGUGCAGAAACGAACGCCGAUUCAUCGAAGUCCCUUAAACUCUACCGCACAUACUCAUCCAGUUUAUUGUUUAGCUAUGGUUGGCACACAGAAUGCUCACAACGUAAUUUCGGUAUCGUCAGAUGGUAAAUUAUGUUCGUGGAGUUUAGAUAUGUUGUCGUCGCCACAAGACAUAUUAGAAUUACAAUUCAAGCAAUCCAAGUCGAUAGCGGUCACAUCUAUGGCAUUUCCGAAUAACGAAAUCAAUAACUUUAUACUAGGCAGUGAAGAUGGUUGCGUGUAUUCAGGCUGUCGCCACGGAACACGAUCUGGAAUUGGUGAGAGCUACGAGAAGCAUCUAGGACCGGUAACUGGUGUAUCAACACACUACAACCAGUCAUCGCCGGAUUUCGGACAUCUAUUCCUCACAUCCUCAAUCGACUGGACGAUCAAAUUGUGGAGUCUCAAAGAAAACAAGCCAUUGUACUCAUUCGAAGAUAAUUCAGAUUAUGUAAUGGAUGUAGCCUGGUCACCCAUCCAUCCAGCACUAUUUGCUGGUGUGGAUGGAAAUGGUCGUUUAGAUUUAUGGAACCUAAACCAAGACACCGAGGUUCCAGUUGCUUCGGUUGUUGUCGAUGGAUCACCGGCUCUGAAUCGCGUCUCGUGGACACCAUCUGGAUUGCAUGUAACUAUCGGCGAUGAUGCUGGUCAUGUGUAUGUGUACGAUGUUGCCGAGCAUUUAGCAAAUCCUCGCGUGGAUGAAUGGUCGAAAUUCGCGUCCACUUUAAACGAAUUGAAAAUGAACCAAUCGGACGAAUUAGAAAACGUUGAGAAAAAGGCACCGAUGCCGCAGCCAAGCUCACUGACCAGCGUGAUUUCGAGUCCCCUAAUUUAAGUCUUAAGUGUUUAGGAAAAUUAACAAAACAAACAAAAAAUAUUUAUGGAAAAACAAUUGAAGUAAACAACUCUGCUACUAUCAUUAAUUAUAUACAUUGAAAAGACUAAAACGAUCGAGAUAAUAAUGAAAUAAAAAUGAGAAAUCAAUGUUAAAA